AUGUCGCAUAUGGAUUCAGAGUCCACACCGGGAAAGAUAAGGAUCUCGGAGCGGUCUAUUUCAGGAACAAAGGCCAUCCGGAAUAUGGAAUACCCACACUACUGUGAUCUCUUAAGAAAAAUGAACAUGCCUUUUGUGAAAGGAAUUGAGGACAGACAUGACUAUGGUAGAAUUGAGAAGAAAUGCAACUCUACUUUUCUUAAAUUUCACCCUUAUCCACCUUCCACUGUGCCAGACUAUCAUUUACACUACCCUUAUCCCCCGCCUUCUGGGCCACUUUACCCGUUAUUCCCACUUCGUGAUGAUGUGCCCUUGGCUGACCCCUGCUCAGGGUUUUUGAGCCCCGGUGGCGAUGCUGAUUUAAAACCUGGCGUUGGCAGGACCAUACCAAGCCUGGUGGAUUUUAGUGACGUGAAACCUCAACAUCGAGUUCCUAGGCCAGACGCAGGAUUGCCAAGGACGCUAAAAAGGCAAAACGAUGUACCAGAAGAACUAAAGCGAGACAGGAGGUGGAAUUCCAGAGCAAUACCAGACGUUUCCAUCAGGGCGAGACUCGGAGGUUGGACGAGCCCACUGAGAGUUACCCCUUCACAACCUCGUCACGAAGGACGCUCGAUAAAUGACACAUUCACAUUCGAUGAGGAAGCAUCGUGCGCGGGUGACGGAGAACCACUUUCACACCGAGACAAGAAACACAAUGCCAAGGACUCAUUUUAUAAGUCCUCUACACAAAAAGCUUAUGAACGUGUUCCUUGGGACAAGAUGCUACCUCCGAAAGGCGACCCGGAGGGAAACAGGGCGGCCCCCGUCUCCAAGGGCUUCACGCCGAGAAGAUACGAACCGGCCCCGGCACUGACGCAGAUGGUUGGUGGACUCUGGGACAGAUUUCAAACAAGAUCUUUCUUGGCACCAGUCAAACCAGUCACUUUUGUGAGUCCAAGCUCGAGGAGCAGCUACGUUCCUCUCUACACUGGUUAUGUGCAGUCCACAAACGCCGAUGACAUUGACAACCCCUUUGGGGACAUCACAUCUCUGGCCAAGCCUCGGAGCUCUAAAAUUCUUUACACAAACACGAGUCGCUCGGCAAAUAUUCCAGGAUACGCUGCUAAGGUUCAUUUCACAGCCACCCACCCAGCAAAUUCUGAUAUUCCAGCGACGACCCCUGCGCCAGACUCCGCGGUGCACCGUGUCUUACGGGAAGAAAUGGCAGUUGACGUCUUCCGUCACCAGGCGCCGCUGUCCCACAUGGUCACAACCGUAAAACCCUACAACCCCUUCAAUAAGAAGGAAAAGGAAACAGUAGGCUACUGA